AUGCCCUUUGUUUUGGUUCGCCCGGCCAAUCGGACGUGUUGUUUUGAUUCUACGGGAGCCGAAAUGGGCCCUUCCUCCCGAACUGAGGACUUCCCCAUCCCUGACAGCACGCAUUGCGCUGGGUGCACAGCCUGGCGGUCCUCCUGCAGCUUUAACAGCUCUGACAUGGAAACAUCGCUGCAGUUCCAGCCCGGUCUCUUCUCAGAGCAGCCGCCUCCUCCUCCCCCUCCUCAGCAGCCGCCGCACAGUCCGGACGAGCAGCUCUUCUUCCAGCAGGACGGCCCGUGCCUUCAGUGCAACAGCUGCUCCUUCCACGGGGAUAACCUGCCGCUUCUCCGCACCUCGUCCCCCAUCACCGCCGGCGCUUUCCGCAGCAACUCCUCGCCCCUGUCAUCCUCUUCCUCCCGGCAAGGCAGCCAGCUGAACGUGAGUGAGCUGACGCCUUCCAGCCAUGCCAGUUCCUGCAGACCCCACCAGCACCACCAGUACCAGCAGUGCCACAGCCGGCAGCAGGCGAGCCCCAACAGCCAGCGCCGGGAGAGCAACCCCUUCACGGAAAUAGCCAUGAGCAGCUGCAGGUACAACGGCGGCGUCAUGAGACCGCUCAGCAACCUGAGCGCGUCCCGGAGGAACCUCCACGAGCUGGACUCCGAGUCCCAGCCCCUGCAGCCCGUGGCCAGCGCCGCCCCGGAGAUCGUCGUGUCCAAGCCCGAGCACAACUCCAACAACCUGGCGCCGUACAGCGGGCAGGCGGGGGGCAGCCAGAACUCGGGCAGCAAGUCCAGCAAGAAGAAGAACCAGAACAUCGGCUACAGGCUCGGGCACCGGAGAGCGCUCUUCGAGAAGCGGAAGCGCCUGAGCGACUACGCGCUCAUCUUCGGGAUGUUUGGGAUCGUGGUCAUGGUCAUCGAGACUGAGCUGUCCUGGGGAGCCUAUGACAAGGGCUCGCUCUACUCAUUAGCUCUAAAAUGCCUUAUCAGCCUUUCCACCAUCAUCCUGCUCGGUCUCAUCAUUGUAUACCACGCCAGAGAAAUCCAGUUAUUCAUGGUGGAUAAUGGAGCGGAUGACUGGAGAAUAGCCAUGACCUAUGAGCGGAUCUUCUUUCUCUGUCUGGAAAUACUAGUGUGUGCAAUUCAUCCUAUACCAGGAAAUUACACUUUCACGUGGACAGCACGACUUGCCUUCUCCUAUACCCCUUCCACAGCGACAGCUGAUGUGGAUAUUAUUUUAUCUAUACCAAUGUUCUUAAGACUUUAUCUCAUUGCCAGAGUUAUGCUUUUGCAUAGCAAACUUUUUACCGAUGCCUCUUCUCGAAGCAUUGGAGCACUAAACAAAAUAAACUUCAACACACGUUUUGUAAUGAAGACUUUAAUGACAAUAUGUCCUGGAACAGUACUGUUGGUUUUUAGCAUCUCCUUAUGGAUAAUUGCUGCAUGGACUGUCCGAGCAUGUGAAAGAUACCAUGACCAACAGGAUGUUACCAGUAACUUUCUUGGCGCAAUGUGGUUAAUUUCAAUUACUUUUCUAUCGAUUGGCUAUGGUGACAUGGUACCGAAUACAUACUGUGGAAAAGGAGUAUGUUUACUCACAGGAAUUAUGGGUGCUGGUUGUACUGCUCUUGUCGUAGCUGUGGUUGCAAGAAAGCUAGAACUUACCAAAGCAGAGAAACAUGUUCACAAUUUCAUGAUGGAUACACAGCUCACUAAAAGAGUAAAAAAUGCAGCAGCUAAUGUUCUCAGGGAAACUUGGUUAAUUUACAAAAACACAAAAAUGGUCAAAAAGAUAGACCAUGCAAAAGUGAGGAAACAUCAGCGUAAAUUCUUACAGGCUAUCCACCAGUUGCGAAGUGUUAAAAUGGAACAGCGGAAAUUAAAUGAUCAAGCAAAUACCUUGGUGGAUUUGGCAAAGACCCAAAACAUCAUGUAUGACCUGAUCUCCGAUUUGAAUGAAAGAAGUGAAGACUUUGAGAAGAGGAUUGUUGUCUUAGAAGCAAAGCUAGAGACAUUAAUUGGUAGCAUUCAAGCUCUCCCUGGACUGAUUAGUCAGGCAAUCAGCCAACAGCAGAGGGACUUGGUUGAAACUCAGCUGCAGAGUUAUGACAAGCAUGUUGCAUACAGCAUGGAACGUUCACGAUCUGUGUCAAGAAGGCGACGGUCUUCAUCCACAGCACCUCCAACUUCAUCGGAAAGUAGUUAGAAGGGAAUAUGUUAACCAAAAAGACUUUUUGCCAUCAUAUGGUCAAUAUUUUAGCUUUUAUUGUAAAGCCCUAUGGUUCUAAUCAGUGUUAUCUGGGUUCUGAUGUCAGAAUCUUAGAAACCUGAACAUAACAUUUUAGGCCAAAUAGAGUGAGAACUCUUUUAUUUCUUUCAGAUGCACAGUGAAUGCACCUAUCAUUGCUAUAUAGAUUGUUUCUCUGUUUCACUAACUUUAUAUUCAUGCACUUCAAAGAAAGUUUAUUACUAUAUAGUAUAAUAAAAUAAUUUCUGAACAUAAUUGUAUGGUCACUUCUGUUCAUACAAUGGGUUCUGCUUAUAUUAGGCAAGUUUAUUGAAAUAACCAAGUGAUAUGUACCAAUGUGAUUUUUAUAAAAUUAUUUAUUUAUGAAUUUAAAAAAGUAGGAUGACAGCCACAAAGGCUUAGUUAUUUUUUUUAACCGU